CUUUUCUUUGCUGAUUGCCUCGAAUGACAGAAACUUCAUGUGUUUACGGUCUUCGACAUCAGGCACGAUGUCUGACAGCCGUGACAGCCAGCAAUGAAAAAAGCCAAUUUCUUGUCGGCACGGUCGGGGUGAAAAACAACAUUGUAUGUCUUUUAGAGUACGAUGAUGAAAGCAACGAAGUGAUACCCACCAUGUACGAACAUGCCGACGAAGUAUGGGACAUUAGUGUGUGUCCGACCAACCAAGACCGUUUCUUCACAAGUCACAGCCCUGUUUCAGGCAAUCCAUCGCAUAAAAAAGCAACGUUGUGGCAAAAAUAUCCUGAAAACGCGUCACUGACCGAACUCGUCACUUUGGAACCCACCGGCGUCCAACGUGUGCUGUGGGAUCCACAACGCGAUCAAUCACAGGUUGCCUUGAUCAGUGGCACUAAUAUUUAUCAUAUCUCUUUGGAGGCUUCCCACCAUCAAGCUUCCACAGUUUUAUCCAUAGAUGCUUCAUCAAUGUUUCAACGGGAUCGCAAUGGGGCCGGUUUCAAUCGACUUCAAAAUGCUGUUUGGAACCCUCAUCAACCUGAAAUAAUCGCCGUAGGCGAUUGUUGUGUGGCUGGCUGGGAUUUACGAUCGGGCGAUAGAACAUUUAUGCGAAACGAUGCUCACAAAGGCACCAUUCGAGCCGUCGACUACAAUACCAAUCAACCCUAUCACCUAGUCACGGGUGGAGACGAUGGUCUUGUUCACAUCUGGGAUGUGCGACAGUUGGAUCAGCCUGUAUUGGAUAUCCAAGGACACACACAUUGGGUAUGGUCCGUUGCACUGAACAAAUUUCACGACCAGCUUUUGCUUUCUUCCGGUUCCGAUACGCUUGUAAAUCUUCACAAUGCAGUAUCUGUCUCGUCAGCAUCUUAUAUGGGCAACGAGACAUCCGAUACAGAGGAAAGAAACAUUGCAGAUCAUCCUUCCUCAAGCGGUCGAUCAUCGGACGGAUUAAUAUACACUUACGAUCAGCAUGAAGACAGCGUCUAUUCAAUUGCGUGGAGCCAAGCUGAUACUUGGACAUUUGCCUCAUUGUCGUAUGCCGGACGAGUAAUUAUCAGUCAGGUGCCUACCAGCGAAAAAUUCAAAAUUCUUGGUGUUUAAUUUCAUCAUUUCCUCCUUUUCUUCCGUAAACUUCCAUAAAAACUGUAUAUUGUAUUUCUUGUUUUAUUGCUGUAUAUGCAAAAUCCAUUAAAAGUAGUAAAAAUGAAUCAAGUGAUGAUAAAAAAAAGAGGCCAAAAUUGGGGCAAUUGUUCGCCAGCGAAAAACCCGUCACAAUCGCCUACUGU